AUUGGGUCACAUUUUGUGGUUGGUCGGCCGGCCUUACCUCCGACCUCUUGUCCGUCUAGAGAGAGAGAGAGAGAUUAACUGUUGGUUUCUGAUAGGAUAUCCAUACAAAAAGUUUCAUUACUCCAUUGUCAUCUUUUUAACAGUGAACCAACCACCACAAUCCGAUAGACAAAGCAAUUCUGUUUUACUGCUUUCGUAUUUUUUGCCCAGUACCUGUUUGUUUUUUUGCGUAACAGACAUAUUGAAGUGGUAUGUGUGGGGGUUAAAGGAGGAGGAUUUGGUGAGUUGUGAAAGAAUCUGAUGGACUGAUGGAAUAGGAGGAGGAGGUGAGAGGGCCCCACUUUCUGCAAGUUUUAAAUUCAUCAUCUUCUUCAUCAAUCGAUUUCCUCAUCUUCUCUUUUCCCACUUGGAUUCUCUCUCUCCUUUUAAGUUUUUGUUUCUUUACUCUGUAAGUAGUAGUAAUAAUAAUAAUAAUAAUAGAUCUUUUUAUUUUGUUGGUUACACCUAAUUUUGCUUCAAUCCCAACUACCCAGAUCUCCUUCUCACCUUAUUAUUUUCAAAUAGGUUUGUAUUUGUUUCACUGCAACUCAGAGAUUUGUAGAUACGGGUCUUUGUAUCUAGACCCAUCUUUUCUUUUUUCUUUUUUUAAUAUCUUCUCCUUGAGAUUUCCCAGUAGUCAGAGACACCCAUAGAUUGCUCUGAAUUCCCCACUCUCUGGAUUCAACCAAGAUUAGCUAUUUAGUUACUCUCUGUCUCUCUAGAUGUAAUUGACAGGGCAAAGAAGCAAUUCUUGAACUUUCUUUGGUUUCCAGAUUGGUUUUUGUGAGCUCCACACGAGUUUGUCCUCCAUUUUAGUUUAGACUUGGACAACAGCGAGGCCCACUAUUUGGUUUGCUGGGUUUCGUGGAAUCGAUAAAAACCCAAGUUUUUGGAAAGGAAGUUGGAGAUCCUUUUCUUGUUCUUUGAAUGGUAUUUGCCACUGCUUUCCCACAAUUGAUUCCUUAACUUUGAUCAUCAUCAUUUAUGCCGAACUCAAAUCCAACCCAUAACCCAAAUCCUGUUUUCAAAUGUUUUUCUUCUUGAUCACUUGCCUCUCCUUCAUCUUCUUUUACAAGUCCCUCCCCCUCAAGCCCCUCCCAAAGUGGGCUCAUGAGAUGAGACUCUUACCCUUUUAUUUUUGGAAAGAACUAUCAUUUUUUCACAUUAGCAAAUUGAUAAAGAGCAGCCUCUUUGACAAUUUCAUUCCAAUUCCGUCGACAAUGGCAAUGAAGAAGAAGACUCCGAGCUCAAAAGUUGAGAAUGUUGAGGAAACAACAGAGACGUGUGUCCUUGAUUUACCCGAAUUGAUUUUGGAGAGCAUUCUAGAGAGGCUUCCAGCAAAUGGGCUUUGUAGUAUGGCCAGUGUAUGCAAUUCUUUGAGGGAUAAGUGUUCGAGUGACCACCUUUGGGAAAGGCAUAUGAAGCAGAAAUGGGGUCGAAUUAUCGGUCCUGCUGCACACCGCAAGUGGCAGUGGCAUACAGCUUCCAGAAAAGAUUGUGGCUUCCUUGAUCGAAGCCAGCGAAGAGGCUUGAUCAAGUCUCUUUCUCAUCUCUGGCCUCUUUCGCUAAUUAGAUCAAAUUUUGACAAUAUUAGCAAGAGGAAUAGUUCUCUGCCCGUUGAUUCAAUUAUGUCUUGGUAUAUUGCUCUUGAGACUGGCAAGUUCUGGUUUCCUGCACAGGUCUAUAACCGUGAGAAUGGGCAUGUUGGGUUUAUGCUGUCAUGCUAUGAUGCAGAGCUUUGCUAUGAUCCUCACACUGACACUUUCCAGGCCAGGUAUCCACCACAUGGAAGAAGGCCAGUUGCAUUAGAGAACUGUGUGACUUGGGAUAGGCUAAGGGCACCUCCUAUCGAUACUUCCCCUCAUGAUCUUCACAACUCUGAUUGUUUGAAUGAAUUAUGCCCCGGAGAUCACAUUGAGAUUCAGUGGAGGAGAAACAAAGAAUUCCCUUAUGGUUGGUGGUAUGGUGUUGUAGGUCACUUGGAAUCAUGUGAUGGGAGUGACAAUUACUGUAGUUGUCAUGAAAGUGGCACAGUGGUGCUGGAGUUCAACCAAUACGCUCCUGGUUCACGGUGGAGACGAACUUUCCUCAACCGGAAAAACCAUCGUGAAGAAGGAAAUGAGGCAGAUGGGUUUUAUGGCGGAGUUAGAAAACUUCACAACAAAGAUGAGAUUUCCACGUGGAGGGAACUUUGGCCACCAGAAGUUCUGGAAUAGGCCUCAAAUUGAAAUAAGGCUUAAUACCACUACUGAUUGCAGUAUGGACAUAGAAGGUUAAUUUCGUUCCUAUUUUCCAGUUCAGUUGCAUCAAUCUGGAGUCCUUGGUUGUUUGGUGCAGCUUAUAUAAGUUGGCUAUAGCUUCUUUUUUUAUUUUCGAAGUCUGUGCCGGACUAUGUAGUUCAACUUCUACUUACAGCUUAUUAGGAAAAAAUAGCUUAAAUAAGUUGGGGGAAAAAAAAGUUGAUUAUUUGAAGUUGGGGGAGAAGUGCUUUUGGUUUCUACUUUCUAAUUAUCAGUUUUCAGCUUACAAAAAUUUGCACCAAACAGGUUUCUCUUCUCUUUUAGCUUAAAAAUAUUUUUCCCGUGGUUAGUGAUGGAACUGAGGUUUUACUGGGCAACAUGGAUGCUGGCAUGCUGCACCUCAAAACUGCACAGUUUUGGGUGUUUUAAGUUAAAAAAUAUAAGUUUUUUCUACAAUUCAAACUUAAUGCCCUCCAUAAUUGCAUGGUUUUGAGGUGCAAUUUCACUGUUGCCCAGUAGGGACCCCAAUUCUGGAAAAUUAGCAUGGAUACUUCGUGCAACCAAGCAAUUACCAUCUCUGUGUAUUUGUAUGAUAAUUUACCAAUUUGUAUACAAAUAUAUUCGACUAUUGAAUUCCAUUUGGUUACCUGUAGAAUGUGUUA